GAUCCAGAGAGAAAGAGGGAGGGAGACAGCUUGAAAGCCUAAAGCAUCUACAGCACGCAGCUGAGCUUCUCAGGAGAUCUGCAGAACUGAGCAGUGCUGCAUCUGGUGGGAGGGAAUCCGACCCCUGCGCCCUACUGCCUUCUCUAUCAUCCUGUAGUAAAGUGCCCAGCACCACUGAACCAGGAAGGACAGGCAAGAGUUAGCCAAGUUCAUUCAGAGGCUGCUGUUUCAUACUGAGCUGGUUCUGGGAGAGGAGUAACCCAAUGAACUGAGGCAAUGAUAUGGUCUCCCUAUAUCAGUUUUGAGAGGCAGCACACAGGGGUAUAUGAGAUGAGGAACAGUAACAGCACAGGUAUGGCUUUUACCCCAUCACAAAUUAUGACAGCUAGGCGGCGUCAUCACAACAGAUCCAUCAUUGAUGUGGAUGACUACAGUUCGAAUCCCACACAAGCUUUCACUUUUUAUAACAUCAAUCAAGGCCGCUUCCAGCCUCCGCAUGUGCAUAUGAUGGAUCCUACCCCCCAUGAUGCUCCAAAGCCCCCUGGAUAUACACGCUUUGUUUGCAUCUCAGAUACACAUUCAAGAACAGAUAUGGUCCAUAUGCCCUAUGGAGAUAUUUUAAUACACGCCGGGGACUUUAGUGAGCUGGGGCUCCCCAGUGAGGUGAAGAAAUUCAAUGACUGGCUAGGAAGCUUGCAGUAUGAAUAUAAGAUUGUAAUUGCAGGAAAUCAUGAACUGACCUUUGACCCUGAGUUUAUGGCGGACCUUAUUCAGCAGGACUUUUACUACCUUCCUUCCAUGACCAAACUAAGGCCAGAAAGCUAUGCAAACGUGCAGUCACUCUUAACAAACUGUAUAUACCUUCAGGAUUCUGAGGUGACGGUCAGAGGUUUCAGAAUAUAUGGAUCUCCCUGGCAGCCUUGGCAUUAUGGAUGGGGCUUCAAUCUUCCUCGAGGACAAGCACUAUUAGAAAAAUGGAACCUUAUUCCUGAAGGAACAGACAUUCUUGUAACACACGGACCACCACUGGGCUUCUUAGACUGGGUUCCAAAGAAACUGCAAAGAGUUGGGUGUGUUGAACUACUGAACACAGUCCAGAGACGAAUACGUCCAAAGCUUCACGUAUUUGGUCACAUUCAUGAAGGUUAUGGUAUAAUGACAGAUGGAACAACAACAUUUGUGAAUUCAUCAGUCUGUACAGUGAAUUUCCAACCUAUUAAUCCACCAAUAGUCAUUGAUAUCCCAACUCCAUGCAGAACGUGAGAACAAGAGAAGACAAAAAAAAAAACAGAACUUUCUUCAUCAUAGCACGCAACAAUUUCCAACAUUUAUCAUAUGACAGCCUCGGAAGAAAAGAUCGCCCAGCAUCUUUUGGACUAUUACAUGAAUUAAAAAUUGAAAAAAAAAAUCAAAACAAAGGUGGCCUUUUAGAUCUUUGAGAACUUUGAUUAUAUAUACAAGGUUAUGCAAACAGGUCAGUCUUACCUAUACAGAAGGAUUGAUUUCUUUAAAAAUUCUGUUGAUGUAGACCAGACCCUAUGAUGUGUUCAGAAAUGUAUAGUUUAAUUUUCAUUUCUGUUUUUUUUUUUUCUUUGUGUGAGGUUGUGUGUUAAGGGAACUGAUCAUUUUAAAACAUAAACAAGGUUGUAUCUUACAUAUUACAUAUUGUAUGCAUUUCUACCGUUUAUGUUACAUAAUUUAUUCUGCACAUGCCAUCAUUUAAAAGCAGUAGCACAUUGCUAUGGUACAUAACAAGAAAUGCCACAAAAUAUUUCUUCAUAUUUCAUGCAGUAAGUAAAAUAAAAAUUUUCAAAUCAUGA